GCCGGGCCCCGACUGCCUCACUUCCCUUCCUUCCGACCGCGUAGACGCUCGCAGCUUCGGCGUCGCGACGCGAGUGACACUUCCUCGAGGAACACGCAAAACCCAAAAAAUUCAUUAUUUUUGACCCAAAAAAAAAAAGUCGUAUUAAAAACGUAAAUCGGAAAAUCCAAAAACUGAAAAUUCCGUAAGCGCAAUAAUUAAUCUAGUGACCUAGGCCAACCAAAACAAAGUAGAAGAGAGAUAGAGAGGGAGAGGAAAAUACGAGAGCGAUUAGAGACUACCUGUGAUUACGCAUAAUCUAUCUUUAAAUUCGAAUCGAUAUCUGAGAAAGUGAAUGGAUCGUGGGGUCGUUCCGAAAGGAUCGCUGAAUCAACGGAGCGGUGUGUGAAGUAAUGCUUGUCCUGCCCGGGGAUGUUGUGUGGCGAGUUCCACAGAGCACCCCUAGGUCUGCACUUGAGCCUGUCGGACAACCGUAGCCCUUACUCGUCCCUUCUCGCUCUCCUGCAGGGCAUGGCAGCCAUCACCGCUAACGCCGUCCAAGAAGAUGAGGAUAUCUUUCUUGAGAAUGGGCUUCUCAGCUACGAGAAUCCGAACUACCAUUUAGAUCCGGCCCGUCUGGACGAUGCCCUCAACUCGAACACGGACGAGAUCUACGAGGACCUUUACCACGAGCUGGACGACAUCUGCAACAUGGGUCACAAGGUGCCGCCACCUCUAUCCUCCGGUCCGAACAGGAAGACGUACGCCGCCCUCGACAUCGGUUCCAUGGGCGUCGACAUCACCACAGGACCAGUCACACAACACAACCUGGACUCUUCGAAUUACACGGACAACAGGAGGGGCUUUGAGAGCAAUGGAAAUUCUAUGGUGGAUAGCAAAGCAAUCACCAAAGAUCAAUCCAACGUUUGCGAAAAAUCCAUAAAGCAUAUUAAAGACAACAGGGAUAACGAUGACAACGCGGACAUCCCUCACAUCCCGGGAGAACUCAACAACGAUCUUUAUGCGAUCCCAGUGAAGAGGAGACAGAAGUCCUCAUCGCAGGACAUCGUAUCAUCGUCGCCGGAUAAGGAGCGCAGCGAUGAAACAGAUCUUCCUCCGGGUUGGGAAAAGCACGAAGACAACGAUGGUCCUUACUAUUGGCACAUCAAGAGCGGAACUAUACAGCGCGAAUUACCGGAAAUGCCGUGCGAGAAUUUGAAGGAUCUGAAGAACGGGGACUUUGGCAAGGAGACGGACAGCCUCCUGCAGAAAUUCGAGAGCAUUACGAGCUCGGUGACGAGGAGCAGCACCAGUUCCGCCUUGGACGCCGAGUUCGAGGAGCGCAAGAAGAAAGAAGACGUGGCAUUCAAGAGGAGGAGCUAUCCUGCAAGGGCGGAGCCCGAAUCCAAAGAGCGGCCAAUCAGAUUCGCCGUGCGAUCGCUGGGUUGGGUCGAGAUCGCCGAGGAGGAUCUGACGCCAGAGAGAAGCAGCAAAGCCGUCAACAAAUGCAUCGUGGAUCUGUCGUUGGGGAGGAACGAUCUGCUGGACGUCGUCGGAAGAUGGGGCGACGGAAAAGAUUUAUUCAUGGACUUGGAUGAGGGCGCCCUCAAGCUCAUCGAUCCUGAGAACCUGACCGUCCUAAACACACAGCCGAUACACACUAUACGCGUCUGGGGUGUCGGCAGGGAUAACGGAAGGGAUUUUGCAUACGUAGCGAGAGAUAGAACGACGCGUAAGCAUAUGUGUCACGUUUUUAGAUGCGAUAUGCCGGCUAGAACGAUCGCGAAUACUCUUAGAGACAUUUGUAAGAAAAUAAUGAUUGAACGUAGUUUGCAACAGAACCUCGCGAAGCCGAUAGACAUCCACGGCCGCGGUUGCGCAACCCGCCCUACAAAUCUGCCCACCGAACACAGGCGAUCCAAUAGGAACGGACAGGCCCUAGUCAGUAAGUACACGCCCUCAAUUCACAUAUGCAACCGAAUAUACAGAUAGUAUAAUUUAAAUUCAUAUCUAGUGUAAUAGCAGAGCCAUCUAAAAAUUAUUACAUAACUUAACACAGUGAUCGGCAAAUUUAUUAGCCAAAGAGCUAAAUAUGAACAUUACAACAAUUUAAAAAAAAAUUGGGAGCCAAAUCUGCUUGUUUACUAAACUUUUAUUACACUAAAUACAACUAAAUUUCAUACUUAAUAAAUAUUUGUGCCAGAGCCGCACUUAAGGAGCCAAAGAGCCACAGGCGGCUCUGGAGCC